AUGGCGACGACACCGUCCAAUUGGAACGAAUUCAGAAGCGACACCUUCACCACGCCGUCGCCAGAAAUGCUCGCGACGGUCCUCCACGCAUCCACGGGGGACUCCGUGUACAACGAAGACGAGGACACGCUUGCUUUGCAGAGACAGGUGUGUGAGCUCACAGGCCACGAAGCGGGGCUCUACUGUGUUUCUGGAACCCUCUCGAACCAGAUAGCCAUCCGGAGUCAUCUCAACCGGCCUCCGCACUCGGUUCUGUGCGAUUACCGGUCGCACAUAUUCGUCCACGAGGCCGCGGGACUCGCCACACUGUCGCAGGCGAUGGUGACGACGGUUAUCCCUGCCAAUGGGCUGUAUUUGACACUGGAGGACGUUCAGCGCCACUACAUCCCGGACGAUGGCGACAUCCACAGUGCGCCGACCCGCGUCGUGUCGCUCGAGAACACACUGCACGGCCUGGUGUUCCCUAUAGACGAGAUCCGUCGCAUCAGCAAAUGGUGUCGUGCGAACAGCAUUGCGAUCCACUGCGACGGGGCGCGGAUCUGGGACGCGGCGGUCGCAAGCGGCGUGUCGCUCGCAGAGAACGGAGAGCUGUUUGACUCGAUCUCGCUGUGUCUGUCGAAGACGCUCGGUGCGCCGAUCGGCAGCGUUCUGGUCGGCUCUGAGAGUCUGAUUCGGGUUGCAAACCACUUCAAAAAACAGAACGGCGGCGGAAUUCGCCAGGCAGGACCGCUGGCACGCAUGGGCUCGUACGCACUGACACACAACUUGGGCAAGCUGAAGACCGCGCACGAAUACGCUGCCGAGGUGGGCAGGUACGCCGAGGAGCUGGGGCUCGUGCUGCAGAUCCCCGUGCAGACCAAUUUCGUGUUCCUGGACCCUGAGAAGAGCAAGAUCGACCCGCAGUGGAUCCGUGAGGUCGGCCAGAAACACAACGUCAAGCUUGCGUCGUUCCGCUUCGCGUUCAGUUUCCAGAACACGCGAGAGGCCGUGGACGCGGUGAAGGCCGUGCUGAGGGACCUGCACACGCUGGCGCAGCAGCAGCCGUACACCAGCACGACCGGCCACAGAUUUUACUGA